CACGUGUUGGACCACACCUCACGCUGUGAGACGCACCACGCUGAAGACCUGCUGUCCAACACCGUCAGAGAAGAUAGUUAAUGACACUUGUUUUGUGUCUCAUCACGAAAAACAACUGCGUUUUGCUUCAUUUUUGAAAAAAUAAAUAAAAAUCAGUGAAAAACCAUGUCAAAAAGGGAAAUCAUCAUUCUUUUCAUAUCAUUACUGAUUGAGUUUUCAUCAAGUCAAAUCAGUGACGAAGUCAAAGCGAAUCAGCAGACGUUUAGUGAGGCUGUCAGUGAAAUUCCUCAGACGCUCAAAGAAGGUGUGACGGAGGUUUUCUUUAUCGCUAGUCAGCUUCAAACAAUCCCUGAAGCAGCCUUCAUCAACAACUCACACCUCGAAAGGUUGGAGUUCACGAAUACCCCAAUGUCAGCUGUUGAGCCGGGAGCUUUUGAAGGUUUGGUAUUCCUGAAGAACAUUGCUUUCUCAGGAGCUCAACUAACAUCUGUGCCAGAAGGAGUUUUUGAAGGUUUGAGAUCCUUGGACAGUAUUGAGAUCACCAGGACUCCAUUAACAGAUAUGCCAGUAGGAGUUUUUAAAGAUCUCGUCAACCUGGAGAACAUUAAAUUGAAUGGUAACAUGCUGCGCAGUUUGGAAAAAGGCUUGUUUGAUAACCUUAAAAAAGUUGAAAAUAUCUAUUUACAAGAGAAUAGGAUUGAAUCAAUUGAAGAAGGAACAUUUGAUGAUCUUGAGAACCUCCUUAUUCUCCAUUUGGGCAAAAACAACAUAUCCAGUGUGAGCACCAACUUGUUUUCUAAACUAUACAAACUGCUAAAACUACGACUCAACGGGAAUCAGCUGACUGACAUUCCUGGAGAUAUGUUCCAUAAUCUGCCAAACCUGAAGGAAAUUGAUCUGAACAAAAACAAAAUUGCAGAAUUGUCACCAAAUCUCUUUAUACAUAAAGAAAAGCUGACAAUUCUUUACUUGCAUGAUAACCUUCUCACCGGCUUACCUGAAAACCUUUUGGUCUGCAUUCCUCUGCUGAAAACACUGACCCUGAACAAUAACAGACUGACAAAUCUGCCACCAGUGCUUUUUGGAGAAAUGCCCAAACUUACUGCCCUAAAUCUAAGUCAGAACCAUCUCAGCAGUCUUCCUGCAGCAAUAUUUAAGCCUGUGGGGAAAAUCAAGACUCUGGACCUAUCUAACAAUCAUUUGGUCACCUUGUCUGCUGAGAACUUUGAAGGCCUUGAGGAGCUCACGCAGCUGAACUUACAGGAAAACAAGAUCAGUUCACUGGAUGCAGAUGUGUUUGAAAUGCUACAGUCCCUGACUUCACUAAGAUUGGAUCACAACCAGUUACAAGAACUUCCAGGUGAUAUUUUUGAGCAUUUACUUAAACUAAAAAAGCUUGACCUCAGUCAAAAUCCCUGGAACUGUGACUGUAAUCUAGUUCAGUUUCAUGUCUGGUUAAAAGCAAACUCUAAAAAGCUCAGUUCUCCAGUGGUCUGCAAUUCUCCGGAAAAUCUUCAUGGACUGGAAGUCAUAUCCCUGGAAGAAAACCAGUUCAUCUGCCCUACUCCUCCAACUACAACUACUCCUCCAACUACAACUACUCCUCCAACUACAACUACUCCUCCAACUACAACUACUCCUCCAACUACAACUACUCCUCCAACUACAACUACUCCUCCAACUACAACUACUCCUCCAACUACAACUACUCCUCCAACUACAACUACUCCUCCAACUACAACUACAACUACAACAGUACUGACCACAGCACCAACAACUAGCACACUGACUACCACUACACCUUUACCUACCACACCUACUACUACUCUCCUAACCAGUGAACCGACUGACACCACUGCUACCACAGCAUUUCCAACAACACCAACCACCACUAGCACCACCGCAGUAACAACAACGAUUCUCGAUGUCAACCAUGUCAACGCUGCACGUUUUCUACGACGUGCUGGUGAUUGGGUGGGGCCCUGAGUUUGUUCACCACAACAUUCACAGAGGCUGGGUGUACGUGUGGUUUCUGCCCUCAGACACAGCCUGGACUGCUUCCCUCAUGUUCUGUCAUGUCUUUCUUCUGA